AUGUCAGGUUGCCAUCGCAACCUUUAUUCAUUGUUCAGAGAUCGCCUCGUCCCCACCCCAAAAGGCAUCGGCAACAAAAAGGCCGCGACUCAACCGGUCAACUGUGAGAUUCUUCAAUGCCUAUUCCCGUUCGGCGAACACGUCUGUCAAUCUCAUCCCCUCGAGCAGACAUACGUUAGGGGUUAUGCAAUGUCUGUACUGGUGCCGUUGCACCCUGACAACCGUUCACCGAGGUCACGCUCUGCCCUAGUGACUCAGAGCAUGGCCUAG